UCUUGUUUUUACUCCGUUGUAGUGACAGAAAUUCCAGGAAAAAUUCGUUUCAUUUUCAUACUACUCUCACUCAUUUUUUCCUCUCAGUAAAACCCCCCUAAAACUCACCUGCUCUUCAUCUUCAUCCCACUCUCUCCUCAAAUCCAUCUCCGCCAUUUUUGUCGACCUUCAUCUCUCUCCAAUUCUCCAUUCUCCGCCAUAGCCAAACGAUCGAGAACCUCGAGAGAGAUUCCCACUCACACAACGAAGUAGUGCAAAUUCAAAUAUAGAAAGAGAAAGUGAGGAUUUCAAUGGCGUUGUCUGCUUCAGACCUUCCGAUGAUGUAUCAAUUGCUCGCUAAUUCUCUCAGCGGCGACCAAACUGUGAGAAAACCGGCGGAAACUGCGCUUUCUCAGUCCGAAAGUCGGCCUGGUUUCUGCUCUUGCUUAUUGGAGGUGAUUACUGCGCAAGAUUUGGCUGCUCAGGUUGAUGUUCGUUUGAUGGCUACGGUUUAUUUUAAGAACAGUAUUAAUCGGUAUUGGCGAAAUAGGCGGGAUUCUAUGGGAAUCAGCGCAGAGGAGAAAAUUCAUUUGAGGCAAAAGUUGCUAUCUUAUUUGAGAGAAGAAAAUGAUAAGAUAGCUUUGAUGCUGGCAGUUUUGAUUUCAAAAAUUGCACGUUUUGAUUAUCCUAAAGAGUGGCCUGAACUAUUUUCAAUUUUAGCUCAGCAGCUUCAAUCAGCAGAUGUUCUUUCUUCCCAUAGGAUUUUUUUGAUUCUCUUUCGGACUUUAAAGGAGUUGUCAACUAAACGGCUAACUUCAGACCAAAGAAAUUAUGCAGAGAUUUCUUCCCAUUUCUUUGAUUACUGCUGGCUUCUCUGGCAAAGUGAUGUACAGAGAAUUUUGCAUGGUUUUACUGAAUUGGCACAUAGCUUCAGCUCAAAUGUCUUGGACCAGCAUCAAAAUGAGCUGUUUCUAAUAUGUGAGAGAUGGUAUUUGUGCUUAAAGAUUAUACGCCAGUUAGUUAUCUCCGGCCACCAGAGUGAUUCCAGAUCUAUGCAGGAAGUCCGACAGGUCAAGGAGGUUUCCCCCAUGUUACUAAGCGCUAUUCGGUCAAUAAUUCCUUAUUAUUCAUCUUUCCAAGAACGGCAUCCUAGGUUCUGGGAUUUCACAAAAAAAGCAUGCACUAAGAUGAUGAAGGUUCUAAUUGCUUUUCAGGGAAAACAUCCUUUCUCAUUUGGGGAUAAGAGUGUCCUUUCACCAGUCAUGGAAUUUUGCUUAAAUAAGAUCACAAAUCCAGAGGCUGAACUUUUUUCAUUUGAGCAAUUUCUUAUCCAGUGUAUGGUGUUAGUAAAAUCUACCCUGGAAUGUAAAGACUACAGUCUUAGUUUGAUUGGUCGUGUGCUGGAUGAAAAUGCAGUCACUUUAGAGCAGAGGAAGAAAAAUAUCUCUUCUGCCAUUGCUGGGAACCUUGCCUCGCUCUUCCCCAAUGAUCUUGUGGUACUUUUAUGCAAUGUAUUAGUGCGAAGGUAUUUUGUUUUAUCAGCAAGUGAUUUGGAAGAAUGGAGCCAGAAUCCUGAAGGUUUUCAUCAUGAACAAGACAUGGUGCAGUGGACUGAGAAACUAAGGCCCUGCGCUGAAGCUCUUUACAUUGUUUUAUUUCACAAGUACAGCCAACUGCUAGGUCCUGUGAUAGUCUCCAUUCUUCAAGAAGCAAUGAGCGGCUGCCCUACUUCAGUCACUGAAAUUACCCCAGGGUUGCUUCUCAAGGAUGCUGCUUAUGGAGCUGCAGCAUAUGUUUAUUAUGAACUCUCAAAUUACCUAAGCUUUAAAGACUGGUUUAAUGGCGCGUUGUCGUUGGAACUAACGAAUGAUCAUCCCAACAUGCGUGUCAUCCAUCGGAAGGUUGCAUUGAUACUUGGUCAAUGGGUGUCAGAGAUUAAAGAUGAUACAAAGAGAUCGGUGUAUUGUGCUGCCAUCAAGCUGCUCCAGGAUAGAGACCUUGCUGUGAAACUGGCAGCAUGUAGGACUUUGUGCUUGUUAAUAGAAGACUCAAACUUUUCUGAGAAGGACUUCAUCGAUCUUCUACCAUUAUGUUGGGAUUCAUGUUUUAAUUUGGUUGAGGAGGUUGCGGAGUUUGAUUCAAAGGUCCAGGUUUUAAAUUUGAUAUCUGUUCUUCUUGGACACAUUGGUCAAGUAAUACCUUAUGUGGACAAGUUAGUGAAGUUUUUCCAGAAGGUCUGGGAUGAAUCUUCUGGAGAGAGUCUUCUGCAAAUGCAGCUUCUAAUUGCACUAAAGAACUUUGUUGUGGCCCUUGGGUAUCAUUCACCUGUAUGCUACAACGUAUUACUGCCCAUUUUGCAAAGAGGAAUAGAUGUGAAUGGUCCAGAUGAACUCAAUCUUAUGGAGGACAGUAUGGUGUUGUGGGAGACUACCCUUACUUAUGCUCCAUCAAUGGUUCCACACCUAGUGGACUUCUUCCCGUGUCUUGUGGAUAUCAUUGAAAGAAGUUUUGAUCACCUGACGGUUGCGGUUGACAUUAUCGAAGAUUACAUUAUCUUGGGUGGUACUGAGUUCUUAAAUCGCCAUGCCUCUAGUGUAGCUAAACUUCUGGAUAUGAUAGUUGGAAAUGUAAAUGAUAGGGGCCUUCUGUCAGUCCUUCCUGUCAUUGAUAUUCUAGUGCAGUGCUACCCUAUGGAAGUACCUCCACUUAUCAGCAGUACUCUUCAGAAAUUGGUUGUUGCCUGUUUGUGUGGAGGAGAUGAGCGUGACCCCUCUAAAACAGCUGUAAAAUCAUCGUCAGCCGCCAUUUUAGCGAGGAUUUUAGUGCUGAACACUAAUUACCUUGCCCAGUUGACAUCAGAGUCUUCACUUUUGGAACAACUCCAAAGUGCAGGUUUUCCUAUGGAAGAAAACUUACUUCUCUGUCUGGUUGAUAUAUGGCUAGAGAAGGUUGAUAAUAUGACUUCAAUUCAGAGAAAAAUAAUUGGCUUAGCGCUGUCUGUUAUUUUGUCCUUAAGGCUACCUCAAGUUCUUGAUAAACUUGACCAGAUCCUCAGUACUUGUACCAGUGUAAUCUUGGGUGGUAAUGAUGACUUGUCUGAAGGAGAGUCCAGGCCUCAAAUUGAAGGAGCUGUUCUGAGUAAAGAGUUCAAGAAGCGCCAGAUCAAAUCCUCAGACCCUAUCAAUCAGAUGUCACUGGAGAAUGCAGUGAGAGAAAACCUUCAAACAUGCGCUGCCCUUCAUGGAGAUACCUUUAAUGCUGCAAUAAAUAGAAUGCAUCCUUCAGCACUUACGCAAAUGAAGCAGGCAUUGAAGAUGUCCUAACAACAUAAUUGUACUACUGCUUAUUUUCAACAUUCACUCCUUGCAAUUUUUGAUAAUUCCAUGCUUGGAGAAGUUGAGGUUAUAUCCCUGAACCUCGUAUCUAUUGUGAGUGAAGAUUUCAUUGCCAAGUGUUUUUGGUGGCAAGCUUGUUGCGUGAUGCGGAUUCUUUAUGAUUCUUUCGAUUUGUGUUGGGCCUUCUCCCCUCUUUUUUAGUUUACAUUUUCUUUUUCCUCAUUAUUCUUGUUGUUCUUUUAACCAAUACCUUAGCCUCUUGUACAUGCCAAUUGUGGUGAUAGGAACUCUGUACAUAGGCAUUGAGCAUGUCUUUGUAUGUAUUCCUAAUUCCCUACGCAAGAGUCAGCUAUAAUUUCAUAGAUUGUUCCUCAUGUAAUGAGAUAUCACAGGAAGUAAAAGCCGUAUGAUUGUUUUGCCUUAGUGUAGUUUGUAAAUUGUGGGGAAAAAAAAAAAUCAAAGAUAACAUGUUUUGACAUCUCUUGUGCUCUCAUGUAAUACUUUGUAAAUUUUGAUUCAUCCUUUGCCAUUCCUCCUAGUGGCUAGUGGUGGGUUUUGUGGCAUGGAUAGCCAUUUAGGACCAGUUAUUAUCAAUUAUUUUUAGGGAAAAAAAAAAAAAAAGAGCAUUGAAAAAAAUUAAGAAUUGUUCUCAUGAAUUUAUUAUUCGUAUUCUAUAAGUAUUACAAUUUUGUGGUUUUCAUCC